UCGGGGGAAGAAUAUUCCGCAGCAUGUUAGCAUUCGCUUCUUGCUGGGAGAAAAAGAGCAUUUAAAAGGGGCCGGUUCUUUCAAAAAAGUGGGGUAGAGAUUUCAAAUAUGGGGACUUCCGUCUGGAAUGCAUACAUCGGGUUGCAGAAAAGGCACGCUAAUUUAGGAAAGAAAAGCAGACUAGUAUAAAAAUAGAAAUAAAAUUCAUAUCAUCUUCGAUCGAUUCGGUUAUCGAAGGAGAGGGAUUUCAGGUGUUUGAAGUUUAAAUCGAACAGGCGAAGAGAGAGGCGACCUUGAUUGGCUUUGAUUGGCUUGCAGAUGGUCGGGCUGUCAAGAUAAGAUCCUUGACAGCCUGCCCGCUUUCCUUGAACGCCCAUCUAUUCCCGAGUAUUUACAACAUCUGCCGCUCUCUUCUCUCUCGAUAGUUGCUGCAAUGGGUUCUCUGUCUGGAUUUCUUCAUCGACCUCUAACUGCAGCCGCUGCUGUUGCCGUGACUGCCGUAUCUGCAGACCUCACCAAUAGAUUGCCGCACCCCAAAUCAUCAGACCCGCCUUCAUUAACAAAACCAUCAAUCACCACUUCUUCCAAUUCAGCUGAAGGGUCAAAGUCAUGGGUGCCUCGGGUUUCUGUUUCUAAUCUCUCGAAUCUGUCAUCAGCUUGGAGGUUUCCUCUGUCUGUUCCUAAUUCAAGCCUUCACUCCACACCCAAUUUUCUGUUUGGCUCAUUGUCUGCUUCUGUUACAUCUCCUCCUGUUCUUCUAUCCUUGUACCAAUCUGCAAAUUUAGCUAAACAUGCACAGCGGGCUGAAUUCACAUCUUCUACCCCUUCGGAGGUUCUGUAUAGAUGGCAUUCACCAGAUACAGAAGCUCAUGUGGUGUCAGGGAAUCCAGACUGUUUGUCUGAAAAGUCUCGGACAGUGGUGGUUUUGCUUGGCUGGCUAGGAGCGAAGCAGAGACAUCUGAAGAGAUAUGCAGACUGGUAUACUUCGAGGGGAUUUCAUGCUGUCACCUUCACGUUUCCUAUGGCUGAUAUCAUCAGCUACCAGCUUGGAGGGAAAGCUGAACAGCAGUUAGACUUGCUGGUGAAUCAUUUGGCCAGUUGGGUAGGAGAAGAGCAUGGGAAGAACCUGGUUUUCCACACCUUCAGCAACACGGGUUGGCUAACAUAUGGAGUUCUCCUCGAGAAAUUUCAGAAGCAGGAUCCAUCUUUAACAGAGCGGAUCAAAGGCUGCAUUGUGGAUUCAGCUCCUGUUGCUGCCCCCGACCCACAGGUCUGGGCAUCUGGUUUCUCUGCUGCGUUUUUGAAAAAGCAGAGCAUCGCCACAAAGGGAUUGCUGAAUUCUAAUGAUUCAGGGGUGGAGGUUUUGGUCGGCACCCAGACUGCUGUGGAACCCAAACCUGCAGUUGCGGAAGCAGCUUUGCUGGUGGUCUUGGAGAAGUUCUUUGAGGUGGUUCUGAACCUUCCUCCUGUGAACAGGAGGCUCUCUGAUGUGUUGGAUCGGUUGUCAUUGGAGCAACCAAAGUGCCCCCAGCUAUACAUCUACAGCUCUGCUGACAGGGUCAUUCCAGUGAAAUCAGUUGAGUCGUUCAUUGAGGACCAGCGGAGGGCUGGGCACGAAGUCAGGGCAUGCGAUUUUGUAUCGUCACCUCACGUUGACCAUUUCCGCAACCAUCCAAGCCUCUACACUUCUCAGCUCACCGCCUUCCUAGAAGAUUGUGUCCUUGCUCCUUGCAAAGGCUCUGCCCCUCCUUAGACAAGCACCUGGCAUAUCAAUUCUUUCCAAUCUUUUCAGAUAUCAUUUUUAACAUCUGUGCCGCCUUCUCAACUGUAACUUAAUUUUCUUUCUUACCAUUCUUUUGUUAUCCAGGAUUGUCCAAUGGAUUGGAGUAUUGGGGGAUACUACAGAGGUUCUGUAUCAAAUUACCUUUUUGUGUAUGAAUUAUAGAUGUCAAAAUGAAAGAGUGUUACACCCAUUGAUA